AUGGCUGAGACAAAUACAGUUGAAGGGAUUUUGGAUUUUUUGAGGAGGAACCGGUUCACACGAGCUGAGGCAGCUUUUCGAAGUGAGCUCAAUAACUGCUCUGAUGUGAAUGGGUUCCUACAGAAGCUUACCUUGGAAGAAAAGAACUUGUGUGAUUUGCCGCAGAGUGAUAAGGGGAAGUUAGUGGUAGAAAAUCGAGGGGUGGAUUCUCGUGAUAAUGUUGAAGUUUCUAAAGAAUUGAUUGUGAAGGAGAUUGAGUGUGGUACCGGUAGAAAUACUACUGAGAGCAAAUGGAAAAAUGCCACUCCUGCUGAGGAAAGGAAUAAAUCUAAUGAAGUUGUUGGAACGAGUGGGACGAAUUUCACUUUCUUGAAGAGUUCAGAGGACAGUGUGUUUGAUUUACAGUCGUGGAAGAUCAAUCAAAACGAUGGUGGAAGCAAGGCUAGUAAUACUUUGAAGGCUUCAAAUUCUCAGCAAUCAAAAAAUCAAACGAGUGAGACCUUUGAUGCAGCCAACAGUAAUGUAAAAACCGCAGAGGAAAAUAGUGUGUCCGCCGAGAAAAAAUCACCGUGCGUUGGAAGUAGUAGUGGUAAAGCCUCUACGGAUCCAAAGUUUAACAUUGCACAAAACAAAGAAUCUAAGGAAAUUGAUCGGCAGCAACUUAAAUUUAAUAGUUCAUCACUUAAAGAGAACUUGGCAGAUAACGUCUUGUUGAGAGCUGACGAGAAUGCCAAUUCAUCUUCUGACGUAUGGAAAGAUUGUUCCAUCAAGACCGUUUUCCCUUUCCCAAAGGGGGAUGUGUCUACAAGCUACAGCAGUUCAAAUUACUCUGAAAAAGUUGAUGAAAAGAGAAAGUCAGAAAUCAGUGAUGCGAGGGCUUAUAUAAAAGAGCAGGUGGAUGAAGUCGGGAGAGCUUUUUACUUGGCGAAAUUGCAAGGAAGUUCUGAACAAAAUAACAUUGGUACCUUAACUUUUCCUAUUGCACCAGAGAAGCAUAAGGAAGAGUAUCCAAGGCUUCCACCUGUAAAAAUUAAGUCUGAAGAUAAGCCCUUGACUAUUAAUUGGAACGAGAAGUUUGAAUCUGAUGGAUUGGCUGCAAAGCUCGCUAGUGCUGACAGCAACUUACUUAUUGGAUCAUAUCUGGAUGUCCCUAUUGGACAAGAAAUUAAAAAUGCAGGUAUGAGGAAGGCUACAGGGGGAAGUUGGCUGUCCGUAAGUCAAGGAAUAUCAGAGGAUACAUCUGAUCUUGUAUCAGGUUUUGCUACAGUUGGUGAUGGGUUGAGCGAAUCCGUUGAUUAUCCAAAUGAAUAUUGGGACUCUGAUGAAUAUGACGAUGACGACGAUGUCGGAUACAUGCGACAACCUAUUGAGGAUGAGGCCUGGUUUCUGGCACAUGAAAUUGAUUACCCUAGUGACAAUGAAAAGGGGACUGGACAUGGAAGUGUUCCUGAUCCUCAGGAAAGAGGUCAAGCCAAAGAUGAUGAUGAUGAUCAAUCUUUUGCUGAAGAAGAUUCUUACUUCUCUGGAGAGCAAUAUCUUCAAGCAAAGAAUGUUGAGCCUGUCACAGGUUCAGAUGAUCCUAUCGGUAUAACGGUUACUAAUAUGUAUGGAAGGGCUAAUGGCAAUGAUUUAAUGGCUCAAUAUGACGGAGAACUGAUGGAUGUAGAAGAGCUGAAUCUGAUGCACGCAGAACCCGUCUGGCAAGGCUUUGUCCCUCAGACAAAUGAUCUAAUCAUGUUGGGAGAUGGAAAAGUUCUGAAUCAUAGUGGAAGAUCACGGCUUGAAGAAAUGGAAGAUGAUCAACACGGUUCAGUUAGGUCAAUCGGGGUGGGUUUCAACAGUGAUGCUGCUGAUAUCGGCAGUGAAGUGCAUGGAAGUUUUAUUGGUGGUAGUAGUGAAGGGGAUUUAGAAUAUUUUCGUGAUCGUGAUAGUGGACUUGGGGGAUCCAAACACUCUCAUCGUGAUUUUGUUAAGAAUUCUAUGGACAAAUCAUUCAAAAAUAAGAAAAAUGAUUUGAUUGAGUCGAAUAAAUAUGUCAUUGGAGGUCAUAAAGAUGCACACUCACAAAUAAAAACACAUACCGAUGGCAACUUUUCAUUCCCUCAAUCUCUUAAUGAUAGCCAGAUAAUUCAAGGUGGUUCUAGUAAGACUCCAUGGUCAAAUAAUUGUAAUAACGCGGAUGAAACCAAUGACUGUAUUAAUGCUUUCGAGGGAUCUGAUGAAAUGCUUUCAUCUUGGAGGCAGAAGAGCAGUGAUUCUUCACCCGAGAAAAGUUCUAGGGAUGAGAAUAACGCUAACGUGGCUAGAUCCUCAAACUCUUCCCCAACUACUGUCGAUGAUUAUGUGUACGCUGAUAAAGAGCGUGUCAAGCUAGAAAAAGACGAUGAAGAGGUUGACAUUACAAGGGAAGAUGAUUUAGGCGUAUCACAAGAAGAUGAAGAGAUUGCUGCUGUGCAAGAGCAGGUAAGGCAGAUAAAGGCUCAGGAGGAGGAAUUUGAAACCUUCAAUCUAAAGAUUGUGCACAGGAAAAACAGAACUGGCUUUGAGGAGGACAAGAAUUUCCAUGUUGUUUUAAAUUCUGUAAUAGCUGGCCGCUAUCAUGUCACCGAGUAUCUGGGAUCUGCAGCAUUCAGUAAAGCAAUUCAAGCUCAUGACCUGCAUACGGGUGUGGAUGUCUGUAUUAAAAUUAUAAAGAACAACAAGGAUUUCUUUGAUCAAAGCCUCGAUGAGAUCAAACUCCUCAAGUAUGUCAAUAAGCAUGAUCCUGGAGACAAGUACCACAUUUUGCGGUUAUAUGAUUACUUCUACUAUAGAGAACAUUUGUUAAUAGUAUGUGAGCUACUCAAAGCCAACUUAUACGAGUUUCAUAAAUUUAACAGAGAAUCAGGAGGGGAAGUCUACUUUACAAUGCCAAGAUUGCAGUCAAUUACCAUUCAAUGUUUGGAAGCACUUCAGUAUUUACAUAACCUUGGACUAAUACAUUGUGACUUGAAGCCGGAGAAUAUUUUGGUUAAAAGCUACAGCCGAUGUGAGGUGAAGGUCAUUGAUCUUGGAAGUAGUUGUUUUGAGACAGAUCACCUUUGCUCAUAUGUUCAGUCCAGGUCCUAUCGUGCUCCUGAGGUUAUUCUCGGGCUUUCGUAUGACAAGAAGAUUGAUAUCUGGUCCCUUGGAUGCAUCCUGGCAGAACUUUGUACUGGCAAUGUCUUAUUCCAAAAUGAUUCCCCCGCAACAUUACUAGCUAGAGUAAUUGGGAUCAUUGGUCCAAUUGGUCAAAGUAUGCUAGCAAAAGGACGGGAUACAUACAAGUACUUCACAAAAAAUCACAUGCUUUAUGAAAGGAAUCAGGAAAGCAACAGGUUAGAAUACCUGAUUCCGAAAAAGACAUCCUUGAGGCAUAGAUUACCGAUGGGGGACCAAGGUUUCAUUGACUUUGUUGCUCAUUUGCUCGAGGUUAACCCGAAGAAGCGGCCUUCGGCAUCCGAGGCUCUAAAGCACCCGUGGUUAUCAUACCCUUACGAACCCAUAUCAUCUUGA